AUGCAUCUAUUUCGUGAUAUUGAUAGUGCACAUAUUGCUUUCAAUAGUAAUGGUGCAUUAUUCUUCAAUCUUCAUUAUUUCGAACAAGUAUUUACCGGUGAUCUUAAAUCAUACUUUCAUAAUACUUCAUCAUCCAUUUCCAUUGUUCGUACUAUAGUUAAUUUCUAUUCUAUGGCUACCUGCCAUGAAUUAUCACAUAAUAUUGAUUCACAUCAUGAUUUUAAUUUUAUUAAUCGUCUUGAAAAAGUUUCCGUUCGAUUUAUGGAUGCAAAAGAUGCAUUUCUAUCCAAAUUUUCUUUUCAAUAA